UGGGGCAAAGAAAAAGGUAUAUACGUAGAAAAUAAUGGAAGCGGGCUGGUUCUUUCUCACAAUCCGGGCUCCUCGUAUACUUAGGCCCGCUGCUUCCCCACUGGGCCUACAUGGGCUGGCCGAUCACCUGCUAGGAGUCGGUCUAACAGACCUGCCUCUCCGGCUCUCCCGUUCCCCUCCCACUGCCAGUCCACCUCGCUCUCUCGUCUCGUGGCUUCCUGGCGGCGGCUGGGCGAGCGGCGGCGCCCUCGUUGGGCUCUUCACCGGCGACGAGCAUCCAUCUGGCGGAGAAUAUUGCACUCACAUAACUGAUCUUAGGAUGAGUCUCUGUACAAUAGCUCGACGACUAUGUCUUUCGAAACCAUCCUCUGGCAGACGUCUUUCAGUAGUUUGGGGUCAUCUAUACAGCACCGAGGUUGCUUCUGAGAAAGUUGUGGAUCUAGCUGACCGCAUCGCUGCUCUCCCUCCUGAGGAGAUCAAACAGAUUGCUCCAGCCCUUCUCUUCAGACUGAACCGAGAACCGCCACAGGUGAUAUCUGGCCAGGGUUUCAGUUUUGGUGCUCAGGGUGGUUCUGGGGCUGGUGCUGGGAAGGCUGAGGAGAAGAAAGCUGAGAAGACAGUCUUCGAUGUCAAGUUGGAGAAGUUCGAUGCUGCUGCAAAGAUCAAGAUUAUCAAGGAGAUCAGGACAUUUACGGAUUUGGGGCUGAAGGAGGCAAAGGAGCUAGUGGAGAAGGCACCUGUCAUUCUGAAGCAAUCCCUCACAAAGGAGGAAGCAGAAGCAAUCAUAGGGAAGAUAAAGGCAGCUGGUGGUGUUGCUGUGAUGGAGUGAACGAAGGGUUCUCAUCUAGACACAAAACACCUGUGUUUUUAUUUCCUAUUUUUGUUGCUAUGAUCAUGCAUUUGAGAUUGCAUAUUGCAGCGCCUUUAUGUCGAUGGAGGAAAUAGUUUACAGCUACGGUGGUAACCAGGGUGAGGUGGAAACUAGAGAUUUAGUUGCUGUGAUGAUAGUCAUGACUUGUUCUAGAAUAAGCAGUUCUUUGGGCUCUACACAAUUUUUCUGGUGAAGUGGAUGAAUGUGGCCAUCAGAGCCAAUGCCAUGAAUUUGAUGCUCUUGUUGUAUCUGCUAUGACUUAAAAACACUUUGCAGUUUCGCAGUUGCUUAGAUACCCUGAUAUCUUCUCUAUGUCAGUUACAUUGCAGUGUAAAAAAAGUUAUAUUGUUGUAUUA